GUCUUCACUCCUCGCUGACGGUUAAGCGCAUUAGACGGGUCGAGAGUAGACGAGGGCUCUUUCCUAAAUCCCAAAGACGUAAUCUGUAGAGAGCGAUUCAGUUUCGAAGUAGUUUUCGUCUGCUACGCGUCUGUAGCGUGGCAAACGUCGUCGUAAGCGCGAGUGAAUGAAUCGCGCGAUCUCAACCGUCUCGCGCAUGCGCUGUGUGCUUGUUCCAAAAUGGCGUCGGCCGAGAGACAGCAUUAGAGACGUGGGGAAAGCAGCGGGGAUAAUGUGCCGAGUCAGAGCCUUGUAGUUGAUCCAAGAUGACAGACGGGCAAGGCUGAUGAUUUGUGUCGAUGCAGUUCAAAAAGCGCUUCUUUUUAGUCACCAUAAUAUGUGGAAUUCUUCUGCUUAUAGCAUACCUCGGCGGUCAUGUACAUGAAGCUGUGCUUCACAGAGUCCGUAAACAACACUAUGGCAUCGGAUUCAAAGCUCUCUCGCUUUUUCCAAGUCACAGCCUCCAUUCCUAUUUUGACGAGGGGGAUUACAGCUUCGCCGAGGACGUGCACGUGUCGCCUUCGAAAAGACGACAGUUCAUUUCAGCGGGUACGGCGUCGACGGUGUCUAUCCAGCAAGAACAAGCGCCACAACAAAAGCAGCUCCACAAAGCCAAGAUCGAACAUCAGCAGUACUCCAAGUGUCGUAUGGAAACGUGUUUUAACUUCACAAAAUGUGCGAGAGGAUUCCGUGUGUACGUGUACCCGCGACAGUACCCGGUGUCCAACAGUUACGGGAAGAUAUUGUCUAGCAUUGAGGAGUCACGCUACUACACUUCAGAGCCUUCGGAGGCCUGCCUCUUCAUUCCGUCCAUAGACACUUUGGAUCAAGAUGUUCGUAGUGCUGACUACUUCGAUGUGGGAAACAAACUGCAGGCCUUGCCGUACUGGAACAAUGGUCAGAACCACAUCAUCUUUAAUCAGUACUCGGGAACCUGGCCCGAGUAUGUGGACGAGCUGGGUUUUGACUUGGGCCAAGCCAUGAUCGCUAAAGCAAGUUUUUCUGUGGAGAAGAUGCGACCACGGUUUGACAUUUCCUUUCCAUUGUUUGCUAAAGACCAUCCCUUGAAGGGAGGGGAAAGUGGAUAUCUCCAGUCUUCUUCAAAUACAAUUCCUUCUAAUCGCUGUUACCUACUGGCUUUCAAAGGCAAGAGAUAUUUGACAGGCAUUGGCUCUGAAACUAGAAAUUCACUGUAUCUUAUACACAACGACAGAGAUAUUAUCCUACUGACCACUUGUAAGCAUGGCAGAGGAUGGGAAAAGAGCCAGGAUGAGAGGUGUAAAAAAGAUAAUGCAGACUAUGACAGGUAUGACUACAAGAAGCUCCUGUUCAUCACCUUCUGUCUCGUUCCCAGGGGGAGGCGACUUGGAUCCUUCAGGUUCCUCGAGGCUCUCCAGGCGGCCUGCAUACCUGUGUUGCUAAGCAACGGGUGGGAGCUGCCCUUCUCGGAGGUGAUUGAUUGGAGACGAGUGGCCGUGUGGGGAGAUGAGCGCCUCCUGUUACAGAUUCCAACGAUCGUGCGGUCCAUAUCUCAGUCCCAAAUCCUACAGAUGCGACAGCAGACGCAGUUUCUGUGGGACGCCUACUUCGCUUCAGUGGAGAAAAUAGUGUCCUCGACAUUGGAGAUGAUCCGAGAUCGAAUCAACGGCUACCUGGCCAGGCCGCUGCACCUGUGGAACUCUGGGCCAGGCGCAGGCUACGUCAUGCUGGACUUCUCCGACGCACUGCUGGACUUUCCUUUCUUCUACCGCCAGUACCACGCUGACCCCGUGGACAAGUUCACAGCCGUCAUUUUCGCCACCAGCCCCGCCCUCCCUUCAUCGCCACUGUUCCGACUGCUGAGGAACGUGGCCAGAUCCGCCUUCGUGCACAAGAUCAUUGUUCUGUGGAACUGUGACAUUCCACCUCCACCCUCCCGUCGCUGGCCAGCAGACCUAGGUGUCCCUGUCUUGGUCAAGACACGCAUUAUGAAGUCUGUGAAUGCUCGUUUUGCACCAUACAAGGAGAUCGAGACAGAUGCAGUAUUUGGCCUUGAUGAAGAUGCACUUCUUACCACUGAAGAGAUUGAUUUUGCCUUUAGCAUUUGGAAAGAAUUUCCUGAAAGAAUAGUUGGUUACCCAGCACGCAGCCAUUACUGGGAUGAACUACGAGGCAAAUGGAGAUAUAGCAGCAAGUGGUCUAACGAAUACUCCAUGGUCCUUACUGGGGCUGCCAUCUACCACAGAUACUACAACUACAUGUACACUCACCAUGUCAGCCGCCUGUUAACACAGCGGGUAGAUGCAAGCAGCAACUGCCAUGACAUUCUCAUGAACUUCUUGGUGAGCCACGUGACCCGCCGUACCCCAAUCAAGUUGACCCAGCGCAAGCAGUACCGGGAGCUGGCUCUUGGAACUGGGGGAGGUCCUGGGGAAGUCAGCUCAAGUAAAUUAUCCAGCUGGACUGAUCAGCAGCAUUUUGCCCAACGCCAGACUUGUGUGGAAGAGUUUGUCUCUUUAUUUGGGUAUAUGCCCCUCAUUCGGUCCAAACUGCGUAUGGAUCCUCUGCUCUUCAAAGAUCCUGUCUCUAAUUUUCGCAAAAAAUACAGAAGAAUUGAACUCAUCCCGAGCUGACCACUCUUGCCAGUUAGGACAAGCCACAGAACGAAUCAGUUUGGUCACAUAAUUGGGGUCCAGAACACAUUGUGUGAAAACCCUUACAAAAAUAUGUGGAGGUGCUGUCAUUGCAUGGUCUGGUCUUCAGAAAAACAAAGAAGAAUUUUCACCUUCUGCCUCAUGGUCUUUCCUGGUUUUAAAGUUGAUGGCUGAGUACUGAUUUGUUUUUUUGGUGAAGACAUGCAAGAACUUUUCUUUCCAUGCUUGAUUUUGUUAAAGAGAUUUUUUAAAAACAAAAUUCUGAUAUUUUUUUAAAUUCCAGACUAAUAUUUUACAUCUUUUUAGAGCUGAUUCUGCUUGAUCUGUUUUAGACAACAGUUGAAUUGUUCUCUUGUAACAAUUUAAACUUGAUGCACAGACGACAUCCACAAGAUAACAUGUUUUAGCCGUGAUCUUGAACAUGUCAUUUGGACAUGCAGUACUGUUUGGUUGUUUCAGGUUGUGCAUAGAAAUACUAACCACUGACCAGAGAAACAAAAUAGCCAUACCAUUUUCUUGGCAUUUAUUUAUGUGGCCAAUAUGUCUGGUAACUUUUUCCUCCAUUGCUUUUUUUAAAAUUGUGGGGGGUGGGAAAGUUAAAGGGAGGUGAGAGAGCAAAACUCUGUGUGUGUGUGUGUGGAGCAGGUUGUCAUGGUUGGUGUUGAAACUGCUGUAUUACAUACAAUGUGCUGGUGAUUUGAAAUUGGGAGGAGUGCAUGUUUGGUGUGUGUACUUGAUGUAUGUAUACAUUGCAUAUGUGUGCAAAUGCCUGCAUCAUUCACCUCUUCAGCCUGUGAUUGAACAUGCAGUAAGGAUAGGAGUCGGGGGAGUGAUUGCACAGUUGUAGAAUUUAAUUAGUUUUUCAAGAGUUGUGGCAGUCUUUGUGAGAAGUAUGUUGACAUUAUUUUUUUAAAGUCUUUGAUGAUGCCUUGUGUUCCAAGUUUUCACUGAUCGCAUAAGAUUGAUUUUGGGUAUGUGUGUGAGAAAUAACUCUGUUAGUAGUGCUAUGUAUGUAUGCUCUUUAUAUGCAUCAGAAGUUGGUGAGUCUGUCACCAAUAGAAACACAGAUUGUUCAUGUUUUAACACAUCAAAUGCCUUGAUUAUACAUGACAAUUUAAGGAAGAAAUUACCUUUGGUUGCAAAUCCUUAGAUUUUUUUUGUGUCUACCUGCUGCUUGACUGCUUUUUUUAACUUGACAAAACUUUUUGGCUUGCUUGGAUUAUCAAAGAAUGCCAGUAUUGAUACAGAUCAACCAGUUUGCAAAACACAGAAGUAGGUAUGCAAAAGUUUGGAACCGGACACUUUGUGCUCGCUCUUACAGUUGAGUAAAAUUUAUAAUGUUGUAACUGCUGUUGAUAUUUCUAUUCAUCUGUUACAAUUUGCUUUUCCUGCUGUCAUUAGUGCAGGUGUUUAAAUGCCAUCAUGUGCAAGGCAUGGCCCUGUGAAACACUAACCCCAGAACAGCUUUAGCGACAUAUUACACUCUGUCAAGGUUCUGUCAAGAUGACACACUGGCUGCUAUUUUGUCGCAUAGUGCAGUUUACAUUAACAACAUAGUGCAGCUGUUAAUGAUUGCAAAAAUUGUUUAAUUAUAGAGAGGUAGCAGAAAUUAUUGCUACCUUUGGAGGAGGUCACUUCAGGUUCCAGGAGAUGGAGAGUGAGUAGUUGAUAUUCCUACCACUAGGAUCAAAGGUGAAAUUCUCAAACUUUAUGAACUUAUGUUUAUUGUCAUUGUUAGAUGGUGUGGUCACAGGCAUAAAUCUUUUCAGCCAAAAUCAAGGGGUAGCUAUUUGUCAGGUGUUACAUUAGUCAGGUACAACUUAUGUUAUUCUGGUAUUGUUUUGCCAGGCGAAGCAGCCAAAAGGAUGCAUAGUUUGGACAAUGGGCGGCCCUGUAGUGGCAGACUGAAACAGGUGCUUGUUGCACUCUGCUGACCUUUGCCUCUGACAUUUACCAAGUAUUUUUCUUUUGUCAGGGCCAAGUGUGGAGAUCAUUUAUAGAUCACCUUCAUCUAUUUCAUGAGAGCAAUGGUGGUUCACUCUGCAUUUAGAGAAAAUAUCCUUGAUCAAACAGCUUUCUUAUAGCAGAUGAACUAUUUAUGUCAUUUGAGGGAAGAAAUAGGAUGCAGGAGUACAGAUAGAUUAACUAUUUGCGGCUGGGUGGGUGGAUUUGGGUGCCAAUAAAUAAGAUGUGGUCUUAUAUACAGAACAUUACCAACAUAGGAAAGGGAACAAAGAACAGUAUUCGAUUAGUAUUGCAAGCACUUGUAAAGACGAUGUGUACAGUGUAAAUUCAACCCUUGGCUCUCUGUCAUUGGUUUAAUCUGCACACAUUUUCAAAUAUUUUCAGGGCAGUCCUGUGGCACAGCGGUUAGAGCCUGUCACUAAUACAGUGAAGGUUGGCUGUCCUGGGUUCAGCUCUCAUCUCGUCUUUGUUCUUUUUCUGUAUCUGGCAUCUGUUUACAUGGCUGGCUCGGCAUAAAACACCAAUCUCUCUCCCCCAGCCCUUCAAGUAUUUUGACGUCUGCAGCAUGGUGUUUGCUGAUCUCUCUCGUACACCAUUUAUCUGCAUGAAAAAAUGACUAUUUUUUAAAAAUUGCAGCCUCUCAUCUGUUUUACAAGUCUCCACACUUGACGAUGAUUUCAGUCUUCACAUUAAAAGUGCCUGUAGGGCCUGUCAUAAGCCUGAGAAAUUUAUAGGUAUUUUUAUUAUGGAAAAGUAGUAUAAACACUCAUACAACCAACAGGAUGAAAAUGGCUCUACAAAACACAAGUGUAGCAUAGAGGGUUAUGCCAUAGGCGUUACUGUGUAGCAGUAAUAUUCUUGGCCUGUCCUGAGAUUCAUUCCUGUUGGCCUUUGAGGAAUGUAUCCUGCAAGGCACUUCUAUGUGCAUUUUCAUGCUUUGGCUUUAGUUUGAUAGAAGCUGAAAAAUCAUACAAUCCUAAAGUCUUAUCUUUGGUCUGCUUUUAUCUAGAGCAUGAUGCAUGUAGAUAGCUACAGAAAUUUGAGUUUGUACAGAAGUCCAAGAAAGUAUUUGGGAAAAGUGGGUAUCACUUGCUUUUUGUCAGCCACUGAAAACACAGACAUCUGUUUUCAACUCCCUCCAGCAGGUUCCAGUGUUCUUACACAUAAAAGUCUAGCUGUACAUUGUCUCUUAUUUGUAGGUUCCAAUAUUCUUACACAUCAAAGUCUAAUUGUAAACUGUCUCUCAUUUGUAUGCAAGACAGGACUGAGAAGUACACCUUCAGAUGAACUCACAGUGGGAGUUCGUGUGAGGCAUGAGGAUCUCAAAUACAUUGUAAAGAGUGAAGGUAUCAAGUAUUCAUCGGAUAUGUGUUGUCAGGAGCUCUGUGUACAUUUUGUUGAUUGGCUCGCUGAUUAGCUGUAUUGCCUGAUUCAGAAUGAGAUGAAUUUAUUGACAUAAAAGUGUUUCAACUGUCUUCCCUACAUGCAGAACAAGAGCAACCAAAUGCAAUUUUUAAGUACCUCCCACCCCAAAAAAAAAAAGCCAAAAACAAAAAAACAACCCAGGAUACUUCUUUAGGUAUCUCUUUCCAACAUUGUUUAAGACAGACAUUAAGAAAGACUCAACAUGGGUUUUUUUCUAAAUCACUGUGCAGGCAGCAUUCUUAUACUUAAUGACAACACUUAUCCAUGAAACUUCCAUGCAAAAAGCACAUUUUCUGUUCUUUGCCAUUCUCUGUCUUCAGUAUACACACAUUUCUGAACUUAAAGACAAUGUGAUCUGUUUCUGCUUUAGCUUUUUGUAUUCCAUGCCAUUAUAUGACAAACAAUCAAAGACUAUAAUAAAAUUUUCACAAUUAAAA